AUGAACUUUCUCAAGGUAUCCGACAUCUAUAAAAACUUUGGCGAUGAAGCACAACCGAUUGAAGUGCUUCAGGGCAUUUCGUUUGAAAUGACGCAGGGGGAAUCCCUGGCUAUCACCGGUCCUUCUGGCUCCGGGAAAAGUACGCUGCUGCACCUAAUCGGCACAUUAGAGCGACCCUCGUCGGGACAGAUUGAAAUUAACGGCGAGGACCCGUUCGGACUGCCAGAGCCACAACUCGCCCGAUUUCGGAAUCAGGGGGUCGGUUUUGUCUUUCAAGAUCACCAUCUAUUGCCGCAGUAUUCGGUCUGGGAAAACGUACUAAUCCCCACUAUGGCUUUCAAAAACCGCGAUGGAGAUGUCGAAAAACGCGCACGGGAACUCCUUGAACGGGUUGGGCUUUCCCAUCGUUUGAGCCAUCGACCUGCCGAGCUAUCUGGCGGCGAGCGGCAGCGCGUGGCUGUCGCGCGUGCCCUUAUCAACCAACCUAGCGUCAUCCUUUGUGAUGAACCCACAGGAAACCUCGAUCACUCUACCGCGGAUGAGGUGUCUUCCCUACUGUUUGAACUUCACCAAGCCGAACAGAACAUUCUGAUUGUGGUAACUCACAACCUUGAACUCGCAUCGCGCUUUGGACGGCGUUUUGAAUUGGAGGCGGGCAGAUGCGCCGAAGUUUAA